AUGUCCAACCCCCUACAAUCCCACCCCCCGCAUAUCCUCUCCCUCCUGGACCGCCUACACACAGAAUCCACCACCCAGGAAUCCUCCCUCCCCCCUUCAACCUACACCAACCGCUCAUCGGACUCCUUCCACACCCUCAUGCGCGAUAAAUUCAUCGCUCUCGAGAAAGACAAGUGCCACUUCAUCUACCAGCUCGCCCGUACCCUCAACGCAACCACCGUCGUCGAGGCGGGGACCUCCUACGGCGUGAGCACCAUCUACCUCGCUCUCGCCGUGACGGAUAACCUCGCUGGCGCGACUGCCCCCAGCAACGGGACGGUCAUCGCGACCGAAUACGAGCCGUCCAAGGCAGAGCAGGCGCGCAAGCAUUGGGCCGAGUGCGGAGAGACCAUCUGUAGCGUGAUUGAUCUGCGGGAGGGCGAUCUGCGGGAGACCCUCAAGACAAACCUACCCGAUCAGGUGGAUAUGCUCCUGCUCGAUAUUUGGACGCCGAUGGCCCUCCCCACGCUGAAGCUGAUCCAGCCUAAGCUGAGGUAUGGCGCUGUCGUGGUGGCGGAUAACACGCUGAGCUCGGCGGAGGGAUACAAGGAGUUCUUGGAGUAUGUGCGUGCCCCGGGGAGUGGGUUUAGUACUGUGACGCUGCCGUACAAGGGGGGUCUGGAGAUGAGCGUUUAUCUGCCGCGUCGGUAG